GGUGCAAUCAGUCGCCUAAUUAAUAAUAAUUAAUAACGUGGCAGGAAGAUAAGAGACUCAGUUACCAGCACAUUCAUCCCAUCAAGGGCUUGUGUCAAAAAUGUCACUUCAACUUGCUUUAGAAAGAUGGGGUGCGCCGUGUGAGGUUGCCAUUAUGAAAGAAACCCCCUUUUGAGGUGCUGCAAUAAAUCGUAUAUUGAUCAUUGUAGCCUGUGGACCAGAUUCCAUAUGAGAAUGUAGUAAUUCUUGGUUAAACUGUACAUUAUUGGCUUCAGUGAUUCUUGAUAGGCAUAUUAAAUGUAUCGGCUCUUUCGAUUUAAUGGCACUUUAAGUUAGGGGGUCCAUUUUUCGUGCUACCUGCCUCAUGGCAACCCGCUUUAAAGCCACAACCCCAAAGUGCGCCAGCGGAAAAAAAGUGCCUGGCAACACGACCGCAUUGUACGCCGACUGCCUCUGGAUUAACAUUGCUAUAGCGGUGUCAGGUACGUACAACUGCAUGAUGUGUGCCCAUAUUCCCUCUCUGAUGAAAGCAUUUAUGCGUUUUCCACCGCAGCUCACUCGCCUCGUCAGUCCUGCCUGAUUCAGACAGCUGCAUGCGGCUACAAGACGCCUGUGAAUGAGGAAAUGUAAUUGAUGUAAUGUGUAACAGUGACAGACCUUCACAGAGGAGAUGAUCUGUCUUAUUGGGUUCUGUUAAUCUGCAUUCUUCAAAGCGAGAGGGGAAUUAUUGCUUUAAACCGCAGUGUAUAAAUUGUCAUUUUUAUUUCUAUGAUCUGCAUUAAAAGACGUUAAUGAUAUUUUUAUGUAGAAAUUGGAAUAGAGUAGUUCACAUUUCUGCCUGUCUGCUCUGGUGUUUUGUUUGACGUAAAAUAGGAAGAAGCGGACAGUAUCAGUACCCAUGGAGACUGCGAGUGCACUGAUCUCCAAUGCAGUGCUGGUGUUGCAUAGAGACUGAGAAAAACUGAGAAUUUCAAGGUUGAUGCACUGAGUGACAACGCGCCUAUUUUAAGCAAGAACCACCUCUCGCUCUCUCUUUCUCUUUAAAUAACCUUACUUGUUGAAUAACGGUGUUUUAUUCGUCUUUUUUCCCACCCUUCUUCUUCAUUGCAACAGGAUUACACAACUCCAGAGCCACAUCAGGAGGACAUGGGGUGGGCCACUGUCAUCAAAGGAGCCUCACAUCAUUUCGUGGCCAACUCUGAAGCACAGAGCUGGUUGAUUUAAGUGAAUGGAGAGCUGGACAACAUCUGGCCGUAUGAUGCAUUUUACUUCCCCUUAGAUUUUGUUGUAAGCACCGGAGAGCAGAGCAGCCAUUACCUUUCAGUGCAUCCAUCUGAAUGGAAAUAUGGACACCUUCAUUGGAGGAAUUUUGACUCAACAUGCCCAGGAACUAUGAGGUUGUCUUGGUGCGUUGGAAUGAACCUUUUCAGAAGCUGGCCACCUGUGAUAUGGAAGGAGGUAUUUUUGUAUGGAUCCAGUAUGAAGGAAGAUGGUCUGUAGAGCUGGUGAAUGACAGGGGAGCCCAGGUGAGUGACUUCACUUGGUCACAUGAUGGUACUCAAGCACUGAUUGCGUACCGGGAUGGCUUUGUGUUGGUUGGCUCAGUCAGCGGACAAAGACACUGGUCCUCUGAGAUUAACCUGGAGAGCCAAAUCACCUGUGGCAUCUGGACACCCGAUGAUCAGCAGGUCUUCUUUGGUACAGCAGAUGGUCAGGUGAUAGUGAUGGACUGUCACGGACGAAUGCUUGCCCAUGUUCUGCUACACGAGUCUGAUGGGAUUGUGAGCAUGUCCUGGAACUGCCCUGAUUUCCUGGUCGAGGACAGCACAGAGAGCGACACGGACUCUGACGACAAUGUUCUGCCUUUAGUGCGCAGAGUCAAGCCUUUGCUGACGGUCACCUUCUUGUCAGGAGAUAUCAGUUUGAUGAACAACUACGAUGACCUCUCUCCCACCGUGAUUCGCUCGGGGCUGAAAGAUGUUGAGGCCCAGUGGUGCUCCCAGGGAGACCUCCUGGCUGUGGCCGGCAUGGAGAGACACGGGCUUCCAGCCGAGUCUGCCUGCGCAUCCAUCAUGAGGAACGCCCUUGUAAAGUUCUAUAAUGUCCAAGGAGAACACAUCUACACUUUGGAGACACCGGCACAGAGACCCAUCACCACCAUCUGUUGGGGUCACAGAGACUCUCGACUGUUCCUUGCAUGUGGACCAGCACUGUAUGUGGUGCGAGUGGAGCACAGGGUGGCCAGCCUCCAACUUUUAUGCCAGCAGGGCAUCGCCAGCGCCCUGCGAGAGGAGAAGGACGUGGGGAAACUGAACAUGCCCUCGCUGCUCUGCUCUUAUGUCACCAGUGCUUUCAUACCAACCAUCAAGCCCCCAAUCCCUGACCCCAACAACAUCCGUGACUUUGUCAGCUAUCCCACAGCUGGAAACGAGAGGCUCCAUUGCACUAUGAAGCGAGCAGAGGACAGCCCUGAGGCCGGCGGACCCUGCUACACUCUCUACCUAGAAUAUUUAGGAGGACUGGUGCCUAUUCUCAAAGGAAGGCGCAUCAGUAAACUCCGGCCCGAGUUUGUCAUUAUGGAUCCAAAAACAGAUGGCAAAGCAGAGGAGGUGUGUGUGAAUCCCAUGAUCUCAUACACUGACAGCUGUAACUGCUCUGACUCCAGUGACAUUGAGUUGAGCGAUGAGUGGGUCGGGAAGAAGUCACCAAAGUUAUCCCGAGGAAACAGGAUGAACAUGGAGUCAAGAAAAUCUCCCAAGCUUUCACGUGCCAAUCAGGAAGGCCAGCGCUCACCACGAUUACCAACAAAGAAGCCUCCAGUGCGGUCCCCCAGUUUGACACGUCGAGAGUUUUCAAUGGAUGGGAUCACAGAGCACAACUACCUUGCUCAAGUCACAUCCAACAUUUGGGGAACAAAAUUCAAAAUUGUUGGACUUGCUUCUUUUCUCCCUGCCAAUCUUGGUGCAGUCAUCUAUAAGACAAGUUUGCUUCAUCUGCAACCGAGACAGAUGACAAUCUACCUGCCAGAAGUGCGAAAGAUUACUCAUGACUUUAUGAGCCUGCCUGUGUUCAACCCUAAUGUGUUCAGUGAAGAUGAGGAUGACUUACCAGUGAUGGGUCCAUCUGGAGUGGCAGGAGACAAUCCUCCCUGUACAGUCAACAUUCCUAUUGCUCCCAUCCACAGCCCGGCUCAGGCCAUGUCUCCAACUCAGAGUAUUGGCCUGGUUCAAUCUCUUCUGGCCAAUCAGAAUAUCCAGCUAGAUGUGCUGACCAACCCUACAGCCACUGCAGCAGCUGCAGCUGCAGCGGCGGCAGCUUCUGUCCCGGUCACUGAUCACGGGCAGGAUGCAGUUGCAACACCGUACCCAGUGCCAACUAGAUAUUCAAACCCCGGUCAGGUGAUCUUCAAUGGCCUGGAGAUGCGUCCUCUUCUUCCUGGUACUCUUCCUCCCCCUCCUCCACCUCACCAUCUCCCCCCGCAGCCUCACCAACAGCGGACUCAUUCGCAGCAGCCUCGCCAACCGCAGUCCAAACAGUCACAACAAAUGCAAACACAGCAGCAGCAGAAAAUGCAUCAUCAUCAACUACAGCACCAUCAUCAGUCCCAAUCACAGCAACAACAACAACAACAACAGCAUCAGCAACAACAACAACAGCACCAUCAUCAGUCCCAAUCACAGCAACAACAACAACAACAGCAUCAGCAGCAGCAACAGCAACACCAUCAUCAGUCCCAAUCACAGCAACAACAACAACAACAACAACAACAACAACAGCAAUUACAGCAGCAACAUCAACAGCUACAGCAGCUUCACCACCAGCAGGCACUACAUCCACAGCAGCCCCAACAUCAACAACACCAGGUUCAGCAACACCAACAAAUACAACAAAAUCAACAGCAAGUGACACCUCAACAACUUCAGCACCAACAUCAAAUCCAGCAGCAGCAGCAACAGAUGCAGCUGCAACACGAACAGAUGCAGCAACAACAGCAGCAGAUGCAACAGCAGCAGCAGCAAAUCCGGCAACAGAUCCAGGAGAUGAGGCAGCAGCAGCAGCAGCUCCAGCAGCAGCACCAGCAGAUUCAGCAGCAACAUCAGCAGAUGCAGAGGCAGCACCAACAAAUGCAGCAGCAGCUGAAGAUGCAGAUGUCGCUGCCCCCUCCUCCAACUGGGUAUCCGACCAUUUCUUUGCAACAGAUUCAUCUUCUGCCUCAGAUUCCUCCUCCUACCACUGAGCCUGGAUUCAACAGGGUGGAGCAUGGACACACUCUCAAGCCAAGCCUGCCACGGACUUUACCUCCCUUCACUGACAUGGAUGGAUCUGUGGAAAUCCAGAUGAGGAAGGCUAAUCCCCCUCCUCCUUACCCGGGCACUGUAGUGUCUGCAGCGGCAGCUACAGCCGCCACUACGCCUCAAACGCUUGUCACAAACUGUGACAGCCCAAGUGUCCUGGCACCAGACCCCUGUCUCAAGAAGGAUGAGUUUUUGCUCCACCCUGUCACCUUACAAUACCCAACACCUCUGGGGUAUGAAAGGAUCACGACCUUUGACAGCAGUGGAAAUGUGGAAGAGGUUUGUCGGCCACGUAGGCGCCUCAUUCGCAACCAAAAUGCAUAUGCUGUCCAUGGCUCGGCCACGCUCAAAGUCACUUCCUCUGAGAAUAAAAAAAUUCAGCUGCCCUACAGCUCAGCAACACUGAGUCGUCUCUCUGUCCCUCGAUACUCAAUACCAAGUGGAGACCCUCCUCCUUACCCUGAUCCAGCCAAUCAAGUAAGUGCUACACUUCCUCCUCCACAGAGAAUUGACAGCAGUCUGAUACAUGCCACUCUACGUCGUGAGCGCAGGGACAUGGGACUUAAAGUGCCACAGAUGAUGGAAAGCUCAAGGACCCUUCCCUCGAAGGCUAAGAUAAACAGUGCACUAGCACUUAGCUACCAGCAGAGGGUGCCCACUGCACUGUACACCUGCACACAGUGCAGCAGUAACAGCAGCAGCACCAGUGUCAGUGUUAGUGGCGGUGGAACUACAAGUAGUGGCAUUGCAGGUGGCACGGUGGUGAGGCAGGACUUCCCACCAGGGAAAGGAGCUCAUCACAGCACCAUUAUUGUGCACUCCAAAGGUGCGACUCCACUGACUUCUCAGUCAUCUUACAGUCUGCUGGGUGCUGUUGAUAACAGCAGAGACAGAACGGUGUAUGUUAACUCUGCCUUCACAGAAGAUGAGACUUUAAGUCAGCAAUGUCAUCUCGAAAAAUCUGUACGUCAGCUGACUCUCGGCGAUGUCAGUUUGACAGUAAAACACCCUCCGCCUUACCAGUGGGACACCUCUGCCUCAGAGGAGUUCUGGCUCACCCCAGAACAAACCAUGAUAGCUCCUCCACCGGGACCUCAUAAACCGCCUCCACUCAUCAUCAGUCAAGCUCAGCACUUGGAUAUGACUCGGCUGCCAUUUGUCCUCACAACUAAACCUCCAACCAGUCCAAGUACGAGCACUCUUACUUUCCCAUCAGGUUACCAGAUAUCCCUCUCGCCUUUUCCUCCAGGUGUGGGUCACAAUGGUCCUCCACUUCAGACCUUACAGAACCCUCCACCACAAUGUUCUCCAAAUGAAGUGGUUGCUUCAGUCUCCUUUGCUCAGCAGGAACCCAACUUGGUCCUACCACCAGGCUAUCCUCCGAAUUUAGCUAACUUAGCGUGUUGCCCUCUCCCCCCAAUGUACCCAGGAGCCAGUUCAUGUGCUGGACUUCAGCUGCACCCUGUCAAUCUUCAUCCCUGGAACCCUUACCCUUGCCCACCUCCCAUGCAAGACCCUCCAGCACCUCCUCUCCCUACCAAAACUCAUCAGAUUUUAGAGAAACCAAUUCUGUCCCCACCUCCUCCAACUGCGCCACCUCCACCACCCCCUCUCCCUCCUCCUCCUCCACCUACUGAGCUACCACCAUCCAAAAGUGCACCAGAGGAUCUAGCAGAGUCUGCCAACAACUUUCCAGAGCCAUCUUCCCUGAAUGAAAGCCCUGUACCACAGGAGUCUGAACGCUUCAACAAGAAGAGCCGCAAAAGACUGGACAGCAGAGCCGAGGAGGCCAACAUGCCGACUGUCUCCGAGGUCAAGUCCAGAAAGGAAGGGCGUGCGCUCUCUGACUUCAACACUCUCAUUGCCAGCCCGAAGCUUGGCAGCAGAGAGAAGAAGAAACCCAAGGGGCAGAGAGAGCAACUCAAUAAAACCAAGAAGAUGAGCAGAACCACUAAUGAGUUCCAGGAUAGCUCAGAGAGUGAGCCAGAGUUGUUUAUUAGUGGCGAUGAGCUGAUGAACCAGAACCAGAGUAGUAAGAAGAGCUGGAAGAACAAGCGCAGCAUGCGUAUGGCGAGUGAGCUGGAGGAGAUAAAGUGCCGCAAGGCAAAUGAAAGAGAGGACCGCAGUUUAGGAAGCCAAGGAUUUGUCUAUGUUAUGGCCAAUAAACAACCAUUGUGGAACGAAGCCACUCAGGUCUACCAGCUUGAUUUUGGAGGGAGAGUCACACAAGAGUCAGCAAAGAACUUUCAAAUUGAGCUGGAUGGCAGACAGGUGAUGCAGUUUGGGCGAAUUGACGGGAAUGCCUAUAUCUUGGAUUUCCAAUAUCCUUUCUCAGCAGUGCAGGCAUUUGCUGUUGCCUUGGCCAAUGUGACUCAAAGGCUGAAGUGAAAAAGUUAUUUUACGUUGUUGACUAAUUCAAAACAAGCCACAACGGUCAUACAAUCUGACGUGUUGUGUUGUAGUUGGAAAAAUAUGAAUGUUAUGGUGGUUCUUUUCUGAAAGAACAGAUUAAUAUAAAAGUUUGUGUUGCACGUGCGGAUCAUUUACAAUCAGUCUGCUGAAGGUGGGUCAGUUGAGGUCAGCGGUCGUGGUGACUAAACCACUUACUCUGUGAUUUCUAGUUCAUCUCUUGAAUGUACUUAAGCUAAUUUUAUUCAUUAUUAAUGUUACUUAGUGUAGUAAAAGAAAAGUGGCAGCCUUCCGUGGAUUUACAAAAGGUAAACUUAAUACACGUUGGAAUGGAUUUUAACAGCAUGGAGGCUUAGUACCAUAUGUGGUGCCAAAGACUUUCCUCUCUUAAUAAUAGCUACUUUAAUAUAUUUCAGAUUCAUAAAUAUUUCAUAUAUGUUUGUGAUGUUAAGGUUACCUAAAUUGAGGUAUGGUGGUAUUCAAAAUUACAAAUACAUUUUGACUAAGCCAUACCACAUCUGGUACAAACGCUGCACUAUUCUAAAUUCAGUUUUAAUUAAAUGAAUUAUAAGGUAAAUCAUGAAUAUCAAACUAGUUGUUCUUGGGUUUUUUCAGUACCUUUAUUUCUAUCUUUAGUCUUCAUUCAAACCCCAUUUAUUCAGGACAAUGUUUUGAUUUUUGGUCUGUUUUAUUUGUUGAAUGUCCUCUACAUUUUGUGCCAAGUGCUGAACAUGCAAUCAAAGAAUGCAUUUCUGUAACUCCAAAAUGAAGAGUUCAGUACAGUUUACCAUAAUUACAUGUGUAUGCUCUGUUCAUGAUACUUCUAUGAAGUGGUACAAUUAACAUAAAUCAUAUUCAUUUAGCCACAAUACUGCAAGUUGUUAUUUGGUCCUUUUAAUUUCCAAAACUCACCUCUACAAUUGUCAGAAACUGUCAACAGUAAGUUAGUGUUUGUUAAAUACAGCCAAAUAGCCAAAUGCAUUUGGCUGAAAGUAAGUUAGUGGGGAAAAUGGUAGAAAGCAGUCCCAUCUCCACAAACAGAAAUUUGCAUACCCACUGAGAUCUUCUCAGUGAAUCUCAACCUUGGUUGGCUCUGUGUUGUUUGCAGUGGUUGUUCCCGAUGUUACGACAUCAGUAGUUUGCCUCGUUGGAAAUCAGUGCUGCUUUAGAUAGGUAAAGCUUGUGUGCGAUAAAGCUACUAGAACUGAUGUUGUACUUGCUAAAGAAAAUACAAAGCUGCUUGCACUGUGUUUAGUAAAAGACUUAACAUCAUUAUAUGCUUAGAAAAAAAAAUUGCUUAUAUGUUGCUGAUUUCAGUAAUUUUGUACUUCACCUUUGCUUUAACAUGGUUUUUGAUGUUACAUUUGUCAAAAAAGAACGACAAUUAUAAACUUGCAAAGAUAUUAAAUGCAACAUAUUCAUAAGUUGUGAAGAUUAACUGUUAGUAGGAGUGUGAUUCAUGUAGAUUUGGUGCUAAUGUAUAAAAGAAAUACAUGUAGAAACGUCUGGACAUGUGUCAUUUGCUAAAAGAAGGUGAUAAAGAAAGUAUAUGAAGAAAGUAUUUUGAGAGAGCCCGCUGGACAUUUAGCGCAGAGAGAUUUCAUUGGACAGUUUUUCAUUUAAUGCAGCUUCAGAGACUUUAGCAACAAUGUGUGUCAGUUAUCAGCAAUACUGCCUAAUGAAUAGUUGGUUGCCUGAUUUUUGUUUCUCUUAUUUUGUGAAGGAAUAAAUAUGAUAUGACUGUAGGUUUACAUCGACCUAUAGGCUGGCCAAGAUCUAAUAAAAAUACAUUGUUCCAAAUGUUUGUUUGGCUCCUUCACU